GUCAGUAACAGAUCCACGAGAUGGAAAGAGAGUUGCACUCAAAAAGAUGCCCAACGUCUUCCAAAAUUUGGUCUCUUGUAAAAGGGUCUUCCGGGAGUUGAAGAUGUUGUGUUUUUUUAAGCAUGACAAUGUACUCUCUGCCCUCGACAUACUCCAGCCUCCACACAUUGACUAUUUUGAAGAAAUAUAUGUUGUCACUGAAUUGAUGCAGAGUGACCUCCAUAAGAUUAUCGUCUCUCCUCAGCCACUCAGCUCGGAUCAUGUCAAAGUUUUUCUUUACCAGAUUUUAAGAGGUCUGAAAUAUCUACAUUCUGCUGGCAUUUUACAUCGAGACAUUAAACCAGGGAACCUACUUGUGAACAGCAACUGUGUCCUUAAGAUUUGUGAUUUUGGAUUGGCCAGGGUGGAAGAAUUAGAUGAAUCUCGUCACAUGACUCAGGAAGUUGUCACUCAGUAUUAUCGAGCUCCAGAAAUCCUGAUGGGCAGCCGUCACUACAGCAAUGCUAUUGACAUCUGGUCUGUAGGCUGUAUCUUUGCAGAAUUACUUGGGCGAAGAAUAUUGUUUCAGGCACAGAGUCCCAUACAGCAGUUGGAUUUGAUCACAGACCUGUUGGGAACACCGUCGCUGGAAGCAAUGAGGACGGCUUGUGAAGGCGCCAAGGCACAUAUACUCAGGGGUCCUCAUAAACAGCCAUCCCUUCCUGUCCUGUAUACACUUUCCAGUCAAGCUACACAUGAAGCAGUUCAUCUUCUUUGCAGAAUGUUGGUCUUUGAUCCAUCCAAAAGAAUAUCUGCUAAGGAUGCCUUAGCUCACCCAUAUCUUGAUGAAGGGCGGUUGCGAUACCACACUUGUAUGUGUAAAUGUUGUUUUUCCACAUCUACUGGAAGAGUUUACACUAGUGAUUUUGAACCCAUCACUAAUCCCAAAUUUGAUGACACUUUUGAAAAGAACCUCAGUUCUGUUCGGCAGGUUAAAGAAAUAAUUCAUCAGUUCAUUUUGGAACAGCAGAAAGGAAACAGAGUGCCUCUCUGCAUCAACCCUCAGUCUGCUGCUUUUAAGAGCUUUAUUAGUUCCACGGUUGCUCAACCAUCUGAGAUGCCGCCAUCUCCACUGGUUUGGGAAUAAAGUGGAAGAUAAUAUACUACUGAAGAUGUAAUGUAGCUUUCCACUGGAGUCUGGGAUUUGCAAUUCUGGAGGUUAAUCAUGCUUGUACUGUAAUUUUACUAAUGAAGUUUUAAAUUAACAACCACUACUUGUACAAUAUGAAUAAUAUUUAGAAAUGUACUAGACUUUUAAUCUUGUAAAGUGGUUGUGCUUUUAGAAGAAAAUAUUUUACCCAGAGUUGCACGUGUUUUAUGAAUUCUAGUGCAGCUGUGAUGGCUCAGCUCAGAACAAACAGAAUUGAACCAAAUUUGGGGAGGUUUUUUCUUUUUUCUUUUUCUUUUUUUUUUUUUUAUUGAAGUGAGAUUGUACAAAAAGAUAGACAUACAUUUUGAUAUUGAGCCAUUCCUGAAGAUUUUGGGUUUUCUAAAACUAAGGAAUACAGAAAACUUGACUGCGACCAAUCAUGAAGUCACGUCAGAUGACAGUGACCACGGUAAGUGGGCAUGUCACCUGAUGAUCAAAUCCUAUAAAUAGCUUCUCACUAGAGCUGUGAUGGUGAUGUGUGCUGUUCUAAAAAUCAAAUGUUGUGAGUAGAGAGAAUGAGUUUGUGACUAGGAGAGACUAAACUUCUGUUUCCUUACCCAGUAUAAA